UCAACCAUCGCUGCAGUGAUAAAGAUGUCUUUGAACUUCGACACCCUUGAGCAACACCUAAGUACUAGGUCCUACAUCGAAGGGUACACGCCCUCUCAGGCAGACGUUCACGUUUACAACUUGCUCACGGCACCAGCGCCAUCCAAGUACCCGCAUUCUGCCAGAUGGUACUCUCACAUCAAGUCUUACGCUGCGGAGCAUGCGACUAUACCUGGCACAAGCACGGCUGGGCAGGCUUUCCUUCAAUCGGCAUCGACUCCGGCUCCGGCUGCUGCUGAAGAAGACGACGAAGUUGAUCUUUUCGCUGAAGACGAUGAAGAAGACGCAGAGGCAGAGAGGCUCAAAGCAGAGCGUGUCGCCGCUUACAAUGCAAAGAAAGCCAAUAAACCCAAAGCAGCUGCGAAGUCUGUUGUAACCUUGGAGGUUAAACCUUGGGAUGAUGAAACCGACAUGCAAGCACUCGAGGACUCUGUACGUUCCAUUGAACAGGAAGGUCUUGUUUGGGGUGCCAGCAAACUAGUCGCUAUUGGCUAUGGCAUCAAAAAGCUCCAAAUCACUGUGGUUGUUGAGGACGAACUCGUUUCCUUGGAUGAUCUACAGGAGAAGGUUGCUGAAUUCGAGGACUACGUCCAGAGUUCCGAUAUCGCUGCCAUGCAGAAACUGUAAUUAAACUGGGUGUGGAUGAGCGAGAUUUUGUAAGCUGUAACAAGACAAGUUAAGAAGAAGAAGCAUCAUUCUAGGAAAUGUGAAGGUUUUGUGCGAUACGAUCAUUGUUAAUGUGCGUGAUGAAAGUACUAGUGCCAAUUAAAUGGACCCACACAUCAGACGCUCCCUGCAAAGCACAGUCCCAACCGUAUGAUGAGUUGGCUUGUUCAUAACGCUGACACUGCAUAGUAUCGGCCACCCGCAUGCACAAAACACGCAUCAAUAUUGAUUGUAAAGUUUAGGUCAUUUACAUACAGAGAAGAAAUAGCUGCUGCGCACAGUGCGUAGGCAACGCGCGGGUUCAUAUUUCGCUUCACCCACGCACAACUUUGUGAGUGGUUGUCACGCUAGAUCAGUCAGUGGACAAGGUUAACUUCAAACAGAUGGG